AGAGGAGGAGGAAGCGCAGGGGGAAGAAGGAGCCGGAGAAGACGCCGCCGCCUCCUCCUCCUCCUCUUCCGAGCGAGCUGGGGCGCGGGCUGUGCGCCGGGCUUCGUGUGUGCGGGCGGCAUGGGCGUCCCCAAGUUUUACCGCUGGAUCUCGGAGCGGUACCCCUGCCUCAGCCAGGUGGUGAAGGACCAUCAGAUUCCGGAAUUUGACAACUUGUACCUGGAUAUGAAUGGAAUCAUACAUCAGUGCUCCCACCCUAAUGAUGAUGAUGUUCACUUCCGAAUUUCUGAUGACAAAAUCUUCAGUGACAUUUUUCACUACUUAGAGGUGCUCUUUCGCAUUAUCAAACCCAAAAAAGUAUUCUUUAUGGCAGUUGAUGGGGUGGCACCAAGAGCGAAAAUGAACCAGCAACGUGGACGUCGUUUUAGGUCAGCAAAAGAGGCAGAAGACAAAAUCAAAAAGGCUAUAGAAAAGGGAGAGACCCUCCCCACAGAAGCCAGGUUUGAUUCCAACUGUAUUACACCAGGGACUGAAUUCAUGGCCAGGUUACAUGAACAUCUGAAGUAUUUUGUAAAUAUGAAGAUUUCUACAGACAAGUCAUGGCAAGGAGUCACUAUCUACUUAUCAGGCCAUGAGACUCCAGGAGAAGGAGAGCAUAAAAUCAUGGAAUUUAUCAGAUCUGAGAAAGCAAAGAAAGACCAUGAUCCAAACACCAGGCACUGCCUUUAUGGUUUAGAUGCUGACUUGAUAAUGCUUGGAUUAACCAGUCACGAAUCACAUUUCUCUCUCUUAAGAGAAGAGGUUCGAUUUAGUGGGAAAAAAACACAAAGAGUUUGUGCACCAGAAGAAACCACAUUUCACCUCCUGCACUUGUCUUUAAUGAGAGAAUAUAUUGACUAUGAGUUUUCAGUAUUAAAAAGCAAGAUUUCUUUUAAAUAUGACAUUGAAAGGAUAAUUGAUGAUUGGAUUUUAAUGGGGUUUCUGGUCGGCAAUGAUUUUAUCCCUCAUCUACCUCAUUUGCACAUUAAUCAUGAUGCGCUGCCACUUCUGUAUAGAACGUAUAUGACCACCUUGCCAGAACUUGGAGGUUACAUUAAUGAAAAUGGGCAUCUUAAUUUACCACGUUUUGAGAAAUACCUUGUCAAACUGUCAGAUUUUGACCGUGAACACUUCAAUGAAGUCUUCGUUGACCUAAAAUGGUUCGAAAGCAAAGUCGGGAAUAAAUACCUCAAUGAAGCAGCAGGUAUUGCGGCAGAAGAAGCUAAGAACUACAAGCAAAAGAAACUGAAGAGUCAAGAAAACUCCAUAUGUUUGGCUGCUUUAAACAAAACAGAAGGUGAAGCGACAACUUCUAAAAGUGUCUUGGAAGAUGAGCCAGAAGAUGAUGACCUGUUUGAAACAGAGUUUAGACAAUACAAGAGAACAUAUUAUAUGACAAAGAUGGGAGUAGAAGUAGUUUCAGAUGAAUUUCUGGCUGACCAGGCUGAGUGUUACAUCCAGGCAAUACAGUGGAUUUUGCACUAUUACUACCACGGAGUUCAAUCCUGGAGUUGGUUUUAUCCCUAUCAUUAUGCACCUUAUCUAUCAGACAUUCGUAACAUUAAGGAAUUCAAAAUCCAGUUUGAAUUAGGAAAACCUUUCAUGCCCUUUGAACAACUUCUUGCUGUACUUCCAGCAGCCAGCAAAGACUUGCUCCCUGUGUGUUACCAGCACCUGAUGACGAGUGAAGACUCACCAAUCAUAGAGUAUUAUCCAACCGAUUUUAAAACCGACCUGAAUGGGAAGCAACAGGAAUGGGAAGCGGUAGUAUUGAUCCCCUUCAUUGAUGAGAACCGAUUGCUGCAAGCCAUGGAGCCUUGUAACAAGAACCUGAAAAAAGAAGAAGAGACUAGAAAUAGGCACAGUGAGUGUCUGAUGUGCUCUUACGACAAAGAGUUAGAGUUCAGAUACCUCUCACCAUGGCCCGAAAAGUUCCCUGCCAUAGAAAGAUGUCACACAAGGUAUUCACUAAUAUCUCUAGAUGCUUGGCAUGUAGAUAUUAGCCACAACACGAUAACUAAAGUUGACCAGAAGGCAUUAUAUUUCUGUGGUUUUCCCACUUUGAAACACAUCAAACAUAAGUUUUAUUUGAAGAAGGCUGGGGUUCAAGUAUUCCAGCAGAGCAGCCGUGGAGAAAACAUGCUAUUGGAAAUCCAUGUGAAUGAGCAACCAAAUGAACUUACAAUAGAGAAUGUAGCCGCAUCGGUGCUUGGCAAGUCUGUUUUUGUUAAUUGGCCCCACCUUGAAGAAGCCAGAGUCGUAGCUGUAUCAGAUGGAGAAACUAAGUUUUUCUUAGAAGAGCCCCAAGGAACACAGAAGCUUUACUUGGGAAAAACUGCUCCCCCAACUAAAGUGGUUCAUAUCGGUGAUAAGGGACAGUCUAUUUGGAUAAAAGACAUCCAGGGAAUUUCCGAACACUACCAGAGGAGAAAAGGAAUAAUAAUAAAUGAAACUUCUGUAGUUGUGUAUGCUCAGUUGCUAACUGGUCGGAAAUAUCAAAUAAGUCAAAAUGGUGAAGUUCAUCUGGAGAAACAAUGGUCAAAGCAAGUCCUUCCUUUUGUUUAUCAAACUAUUGUUAAGGAUAUCAGUGCGUUUGAUUCUCGUUUCUCCAAAAUCAAAACCUUGGAUGACCUGUUUCCCCUUAGAAGCACAGUCUUCAUGUUGGGUUCUUCCUACUAUGGCUGCUCAGGAGAAGUUCAGGAUUCAGGCGAUGUUAUCUCAGAAGGAAGGAUUCGGGUGGUUUUCAACAUUCCAUGGGAGCCCCAUCUUGAUGCCUUAAUUCAGAACCAGCAUAAAUAUUCUAUAAAGUACAAUCCUGGAUACGUUUUGGCCAGUCGUCUUGGAGUGAGUGGAUACCUUGUUUCAAGGUUUACGGGAAGUAUUUUUAUUGGAAGAGGAUCUAGGAGAAACCCUCAUGGAGAUCACAAAGCAAAUGUGGGCUUGAAUCUGAAAUUCAAUAAAAAGAAUGAAGAGGUCCCCGGCUACACAAAGAAGGUUGGAAACGAAUGGACAUAUUCCUCUGCAGUUGAACAGCUUCUUGCUGAAUAUUUUGAGAGGGUCCCAGAACUAUUUAGUUUUGUAUCGAAAAAUGGCCGAGAAGAUGUGUUUUAUGAAGAUGACAUUUGGCCUGGGGAAAAUGAGAACGGUGCUGAGAAAGUUCAAGAAAUUGUUACCUGGCUAAAGACUCAUCCUGUGAGCACUUUGUCUCGUUCAUCUUGUGAUUUGCAAAUUCUGGAUGCAGCUAUUGUUGAGAAAAUAGAAGAAGAAGUAGAGAAGUGCAAGCAACGAAAAAGUAAUAAGAAGGUUCGCGUCACAGUGAAGCCUCAUUUACUAUACAGGCCGUUGGAACAGCAGCACGGAGUCAUUCCUGAUAGAGAUGCAGAAUUCCGUCUUUUUGACCGCGUCGUAAAUGUGAGAGAGAACUUUUCGGUUCCCGUUGGCCUCCGAGGCACCAUCAUAGGGAUUAAAGGAGCUAGUAGAGAAGCAGAUGUGCUCUUUGAAGUAUUAUUUGAUGAAGAAUUCCAUGGAGGUUUAACAAUAAGGUGCUCCCCUGCCAGAGGAUAUCGCCUGCCCACAAGUGCCUUAAUUAACCUUUCUCAUGGAAAUCGCUCUGAAACGGUAAAUCAGAAACUGACAGCCAUAGUGAAACCCCAGCCAGCUGUGAAUCACUACAAUGCAUACUCAUCAGAUUCAUCCACUUAUCCUCAGAAGGCACAUCUAGGAGGCCUCAACCAUUCUCCUCGCUCCCUCUUCGUUCCUACUCGAAUACCUGGAAAAGAUGAUGAUGAAUUUUGCAGCAUCUGGCAGUCAUUACAGGGCUCAGGAAAGCCUCAGCAUUUUCAGCAAAAUUCACAAGAGAAGGGUGCCAUUCUACCUCAAGAAGUAAAGCGAGGCUCCACUGCGCCAUUUCACAAACCAGGCUUCAAUGACGGCAGCAGUAAGGGUCAGCAGAGGAAGCAUGACUCAUUUAGAAAAUACAAAGAAGACUGUAAAGUUGCAAAAAAUGAUGGUCACUCACAUAAGAUAUUGAAUAAACAGACUUCUGGAGGAGCUCCUAAAUAUAACGUUAAACUGUUGAAAAGGAACGAGAGUCCAGUUACUUCUGAAAUUCAAAAGACUGUGUCCGGUAAUCCAAAAAUGCGUGGAAAGGCCGACACCGGACUUGAAAGCUACCUGGGGUCCUUGAAAGUCUCGACGGGCGGCGAAGUGCAGUCACCCCGCAGGGAAGAGCAAGCCCAGAGUGAGGAACACCUAUCUCCCCAAUCCUUCGCUCUGAAAGGAACCCAGAUGCUGAAAGAAAUCCUGAAAAUCGAUGCCUCCGACACCAGAGAGAGCAAGAAUGAAGCGAAGCCGGGAACCGGCGAACUUCCUUCUUCGGGCAGAAGGCAUUCACAUGGACCUUCGCAGCCCAAGCAAACCAAGAAGUUGGCCGCUCACGCGCCCAAGCCUCAUGGUGCCGGAGGCCAUCACCACCCUCCAGCUGUGGAUGCGUUGGGCCGCCCCGUCAUCAACCAGCAGCAGGCUGCCAUGUCUACCCCUGUCGCCGAACUCUCUCGCCUCUGUUCCCGCAUGGGAAUGCCACAGCCCGACUUUUCCUUCCUCAGAACAUCUCAGACGAUGACCAUCUGCCAGGUCAAACUGCCCAACGGCUUGCUCAUCAAUGGGCCGCAGUGUCAUUCGGAAAGUGAAGCCAAGGAGAGAGCAGCAUGCUUUGCUCUCCAGCAGUUGAAUCCUUUAGGAAUGAAUUUCGCCUUUCCUCCACCGAUGUUUCCAAAUUACCCACCCGCUGUACCACCUGGAACCAUUCCUCCAGUCUUUCCCCAAACUCCUGGCUGGGACCACUAUGGAAGCACCAUAGCCUUUGGGGCAGCUAACCUUCUGCCGCCCUCACCGCACAUCUUCAGUUCGGUGCCCUGGGGAGCUCCGGGGCCAGUUCCUGGGAAAGCAUAUCACCAGGCAGCCUAUCCCGGGAGCGGGUCACUCACAGGAGCCGGGCCCGUGGGCCCGCAUAAUCAGUUCAUCCCUCUGCAGGUGACAAAGCAAAGGGCGGCCAACCGGAAGAACUGGGAGAACAGAGAGGCCCCCGGCCCUUCUCAUCCCGCCCCGACCAAAGCCGAGCGGCCCGGCCCUCCCGACGCCACCAAAUCUGCGCCCCAGGACCGGCCUUCAACUUCGUCCUUAAAGUCGCCUCCAAAUCCUUCCCCGACCGCUUCCUUUCCAGACAAGGUAGCCCCUCCCAGCUCGGCGGGCGGCCGGGAUAAAGCGACCCCAACCUCUUCUUCCAGGAGAAAACCCAGGAAAUUAGCUGUCAACUUUGGAGUCCCUAAACCCUGCGAAUGAACACGGCCCCCUGCCUGUUCCCUCCCCACCCCGAGCUUUCUAUCGACAGCGUCGCCAGGGUUAACCCUGGGCCGAGACCUCGCUCGGGCUGUGGCUGAAUUAAACCGAUAAACCCGAAAAACAGUGUGGUAAAAUAACUCUGAGGACCCGAACCUAAACGCAAGGAGACGGCCAGGUUCGAGUCGUCCCCGGAUGUCAGACCCGCGCAUGGGAUCUUCGGACUUAGUAGCCGCGGUUCUAGGUCCACGUACGUUUCUGAGGCAGAUUAUGGGAGAGGAUUUUAAACAGUCUCAAUUUAUUGUUACGAUUCUUCGAAUUUUAUCUCUUUUUAAAUAAUGUACCGGGUUAUGGGAGUGGAAAUGAUUGCUUUAAUUUAUUUGAAUUUUAGGGUACGUUCUGAAUAGAACAUGAUUAUUGUGCCGCUGCCCGGUUCGUAUACAGUUUGGUUCAUAGCCAGAUUUUCGACCAAAGCAACUUCCCAGUUCUCAGACUAUCAGUCUCGCUUUGGGCCUAGAACUAUAUUAGGCGGUUAGAUUUCAGCAAGGAUUGAAAUACCUAGGUUCUUGCUGAAGAACUAUCAUUAGUGUUCGUUAAUAAGAUGGUCAAAUGGAAAUAGCUACAGGGUACAGUGACUGCCCGUUCACCUUCCGGGGGACUCUCAUGCGAAGGUCGAUCGCCUGGGCCGACUCUGGUGAUGUCCCUUGCUUGACUUGCAGCCGGGAGUCCGGUGCUACUUUGAGCAAGGGGAAUCUCGGGCUCUCAACUCCCGGGUUUUCAAGAAAACACCCAGCCCACUUUAUCUCGCAGUCCUUGUUCACCUGUGACCCUGCAGAGUGAUUUUUAAAUUUUUAUUUGUUUUACAUUAUGGUUAUUUUUUAUGCGUAUUAGAAAGGAAUAGCUGUCUGAUUUUGGUGCCACCCCUUGAAAAAAAUCAAAUUCCCAUUUAAAGAAAAAAAAAAAAAACCCAGCAUGACCCAAGUAAAGUUUUCAUCAGGGUCACUUUCUUUCCUGGCUCCUCACCACAGGGACGAUUGCAAGAGCGCACACAUCUAAGCUGGCAUGAUUUGAGCCUGUUUUCCUUCUAGUUCUUCAGUGUUAACUUGGAGCUCUUCUGCUAUUUGACUACAAGGCUAAGGUUCCUGUUCAGUGGGCAUGGCGUCAAUCCUUGAGCAACCCUUUUUGGCGCCCGCUGAGCAGGGAGGUGGGUCCGAUCGUGCGGUGUUUGUGUGCGCGCACUCCCGCUGUGGCCUUCACAAACUCCCUCCCACCCCGUUCUCUGACCCGAUGGGUCAUUGUUGGCAUCCAGUUGUUGGGGCACUGGAUUCUUUGACUCUAGAAAUCCAGACUUCCACUUUGGAAUCCCAAGAACCAGGUCUGUCAGAAGCAAAGAUAUCUGAGGCCCCCUGUUUCCAAGUGGACAAGACUUCAUUCCAGACUGUAGUAUAUAGGCAGCAUCUGGCAGUCUCAUCGCUCCAGGCUCAAGAGCAUAGAAGACCAGACAGUUGCCAUUUAGGCUUGGAUGGAGGAUUUGGGGUUGUGAGGAUGCCAUUCCAAUACCCCAGCACUCACAAAGGAAAGGCUACGACAAGGAAGGUUAGUUUUGACUUAAAACUUUUCGUUCUAACCAAAGGAUUUCCCUUAUCUCCUGCUAAGGCCUUGGAAGUGUUUGGCUCUGUGGGGCCGGUGCCCUGUGCCUGCACCCCCAACUUCUUUGCCAGUCCAAUACUGCCCCGUCGAGCCUCCGCGAUGACCGGGAAUGGGAAACCGCUAAGGCCUGCAGUCAGGCCGCAGCCCGGUUCAACCUGGGCUGGGGGAGCCGAUAAAAGAGGGGUUCCGGGCCGUAUCCCGGACGGACCCGCUCCAGGGGUUGGGGACCCUUAAGCCCUUCAUCCCUGUCUGCGCCACGGUGGACCAGGUCAAGCCUGGAAUGCUCUUCCAGUCUCCAAGGAGGGCGGCAGAAAAAACGCUCUGCAGGGUUCACUGUCUUUCUGUAUCGGCUGCCCUCUUGAUGGGGAGAAAAGCGCAGCCCAAAGAGUUUCUCGGGCUCCGCCUCUAGAACUCGUUGAAGCCGUUCUACACCGCAGUUCCUCGCCCACCUCCAGCUGCAAUCGGACCCACCCCAUGGACCGCCAUGAGCGUGGCUGCAAGUUGUGGCUUCUGAACUCUAAUCCACCUUCCGGAACCCGCCAACUGGCCUGGCUCUUGGCAAGUCGGCCCCCUUGCAGAUAGGCUGUGUUUGCCGGGCCGGGCUUUGUGAAGAUGAGUGGUAAUCCUCCCGAAACAAAUUCCACACUGCCUAUCCCAUCCCUGGUGAAUCUUUGUUCCAACGCAUGGACGAGAUUGUGACCAGUUGGGACUGGAAAUACAAUUUUCCCUUGGGAAGAAAUGACUCUUUCAACCAUUUUAUGGUAAUUUUCUUGGGAGCAGGUACUGGUUCCUUUGGCCUGGUACUUUGGUACUUCCCAGUGGAGCUAGCCUGCUUCUCCCAAUAAAACAGAAUCCUUUCCAAGCAAAGGUAAUGUAUUUCUGGGCCCUUGGUCUGGAGCUACACUUUGAGCCAGUUCCAAACGCCCCGGCCCACAGAGCGGCUUUCCUGUGCUUUGGGAAUAAAGCGUAGCCUUUUCCCAUCUCCUGGUGGCCGCUUGGAUGGCGGGAGGACAGCUUUCCCCCUGAGGUCCGCGUUUUCUCGAACUUAUCUUUUCCAAGAGCAACAUUCAUUUCAUAAAGAAUCAAACUUUGGUUUGCUUGGGGUGGGGUCUGUUUUUUUGAGGGGCCUGGGCCAACCGGACCCGCUCCGGCCCACGUUACCCAGUGACUUGCCAGCGAGCCUCCGGAAGAGCCUUGUGAGAAUCAGCCCCUCUAAGAAAAGAGAAGGUUUGAAGACUUAUCGAACUCCGAUAGAAAACGUUUCUGAUACAUCCUUGGCUUUCAGGCCGAAUCCAAGGAUCUCCAACUUUCGAGGCUGCCUGUGCAUUGGGUGAGGUAAAUUGGGGAAACUCAGGUGAGGUGAGUUACCUGCUUGACGGAGGGGGUCCUAAAUUCCAGAGGUGGAGCCACAGAUUUCUGUGGGAUCACCUAAAACCCCAAUAUUUGGGGCUGGUGGGAUGAGGCUAUGGAGUGUACUCUGGGAGUAGAUGGCCCUUUAUGCGUGUCCUCUGUGAGAUGUUUGAGCGCUUGUCCCUUUUGCAGGGGGGGCAGGACGUGGAAGAAAUUCAGCUUCCGGAUGACUCUUGGGAUCACCACUAUCCCAAGAGUAAUCCAUGACUGGCCACCAUUUUGGGCCCGUGGACAGUUGGGUUUGGAGGCCCAGAUCCAUCGGGUGUUGGGCUAAGAAGUUAAAUCUGCUGAAAAUAUUCCAUUUCACUCAAUGAUGCCUUGCGCUAUGAGCGCAUACAUAUCAUUAAAGUGCAAUUCACGGAGGAGACUCCAGCUCCUAGGAGACAACUGUUGUGGUUUGGCUUUGUUUUGAAAUCUCCAUUAAUAGUUAACUUUUUAAACCAGUGUGUGGCUUUUUUUUUUGCCAGUGCUAUAUCCAUCGCCAGCAAUCAUACCUGUAAUGCAAUGUCCUGGGCCCCGGCCACGGGCCGGGAUUCGGUUUGUUAUCUGAGGCCAGCGUGUUCGUGCCCCUCCAUCUUGCCCCCCCCCAAAAUCUCCUUCCUAGGGAGCCACUGGCCCCGGUUCUGCUGGGUCGUGUCUUACUUUCCAACUGCCUGGAGAACUGUUGGCUCUUCCCUCCCACCUACACACUUUACCCUACCUGGAACCGGGGUUUGGUUUAGCUCCCACAUCGGGCCGGAAGGGGACGGGUUGCAUCACCUCUCCGGAGACUUCUCCUCGCGUUUUGAUUUUAGUUCAUCCCAGCAGAACUGAGUGGUUCGUCAUAGAUAUAAAUAUUUUAUAAGUACUGGAAUUUUUCAUUAGAUCUUAUACAGACAGAGCAGUAUUUUAUUAAAAAUCCAAAAGGGAAGACUUUUAUGUGCUCAUUUUUGUAGUUCUGAUUUUUUUUAAAUGCAUUUUCAUCGUCCCUCUGCCGAGUAAAAUGUUUUAAAUCUGCAUUUGAUUGGAUUCCGAAUGUAUUUUUGUGUUUCGUGUCGAAUUGUGCAUUUAUGGAUUUUUAGCAUGUAGUUUGCCUAAAGGACUGUGCGAAAGUAUUUUAAAAUAUGACUCUUAAGAGACACUGAAAAAAAAAUAAAGUAUCCAAAAGAUGAAAA